CUUCAACCACGCUUCCUCUCGUCAAUAUGUAGUUUAAAAUGUUCACUGAACUUGGGCCGAUGAGUCUGCCACUGUCAGAUGGGCCACAAGAUGCCACCAUUCAUUGUGAUCAAUGUGAUGCACUAUCGUUAUAACAAAGGUGAUUUCUGUGCUGCUGCGCUCAGUCUGUCAAAGGCUUGUACGAGAAUACACCACUUGGCUAUCGGUUGCAACUUGCAAGUGAACGACGUUCUCGAGGGCGGCAAUAUUUGUCCAACAUAUAAGAUGUAGCGCCAGCCUUCAGGAAAAGCCCUGUUGCGAUGGUCGCGGAAAGUGAUAUAACAGUCACUGCGUACUACAUACGUAGAAAUCCGUCUAUCAUUUCCUUGCUGCUCAGCGUACAGGUGCCUACACACAUUUAUCUUACAAAACCUGUUCAGUACACUCCUACUAACCGGAUUCUUGUCGUAACAGUCCUGCAAAUACUUCAGCUCGUCCUGGCGAGCUUAGCACGGAAGAUGCUGAGAACCACCUCACAUCCAGUUCCCUUUGCGCACAUAGCAUUAAACGACUCACAGUCUCCCUCUAACAUCACCUCAGAACAGGGCGGGUCUCUAGAGGUCGAUCCUGAGCUCGACGCUCUCCGCCAUAUAGUUUCUCAAACCAAAGGAUUUUAUGCACGCGACUACAGUCUCUGGUUAGGCUGGAAUAAUAUGCGAUACAUUAUCGAGGCAGCGGUCCUCCACGGACGUAUCCUAAACCGUACUACAAUAAUACCCUCUUACGUGUACGCUCGGGCCUGUGAAUUCGACAAUUCCGUAUGCGCUGCAUAUGCUACCAUGGUCAAUAGGGGGGACGCGACCAGCACGGACGAAUGGCGCCAACUCCCCAUAGAAAAACAAAUGGCUUGGAGAAUACCCGUGUCUCUCAUGUUCAACUUGACCCACCUGCGUGAGACACAUGCAGUCAUCACAGUAUCUGAAUACCUCCGCUUGCACAACAUUUCGGCUGAUGUGGAAGCCACCAACGGACGCUGGGAUACCGAUUUAUAUCACCGCGGCGUCAACAUAUUCUCUGAUAGUGGGGCAGAACCCAGCCUCUAUGUUAUCAAGAAUGAGUUGUAUGACGCCGGGAUCGUUCGGGUUGAUCAACUGCCACAAACUAUGCGGGAGAGGGGGGGAUGGAACACCACUCAUGGACAAGCCGGGUCUUGGACUAUCACGGAAGAAACCCCUCUUUCAAAGGCGUUGCAUGAUGCAAUGACAUCCAGAGCAUCGGUUCUUGAUUGGGACACUGUCCUCAUAGUUGUGGGAGGUCGUCAUGACCAGAAUGAAACCGAGUCAUCAUCGACUAGCAGUAUCGCAAAUACACUGGAAGAGAAUGGCUGGGAAGUGCUUUACACUUACGGCGGCGCCUGUGCCUCAGAUGCAACGAAAGAUGUCGUGGUUCCAAUCCGACAAGCAGCCCCGCGAAACUUACUGCGUGGAUUGUACGAAGACUUUGGGUUCAUAGAGCAAGAUGUACUUCUCCUCGAAGGUGAGGUUCAUUUGGGACGGAAGCCGGGUGCUCUCAAGUUCAGCACCUUAGAAAGUCGAGAAAGAUACACGCAAACAGUCCUCUAUGACUUUCGUCUCACAGACAAUGUGGUCGAACUGGCUGAUCUGCUGUCUAACCGCAUGGUCGAGAAGGCUGGCGGACGAAUGUGGAUGGGAGCUCAUAUGCGACGGGGGGAUUUUGCGACGUUGAAAUGGACUAUGGAACCGAGUUUCGAAGCUCAUCUCGCCCGGAUCAAGCGCCAUCUACAAGACGGACGUGAUAUCCUACAUUUUGUGCAUCGGGGGCCUCUCUAUACGUACAAGGUUCCUCUUGGUCAAGCCGAUCGCAUGCCUCUACUUCUAGAUCCUCCAGCAGAUCAUGAUCAAUUCUACAUCGCCACCGACGAACGCGAUUCCACGAAUCUCACAUACCUGCGUAAUCAAGGUGCCGUUUUGAUUUCGGACCUGCUAACGACGGACGAUCGCCGAACCUUUGGAUGGUCUCUGAUGCUCACCGACGUCCUCAGUGUGGUUGAGCAGGCAACCCUUGCUCACGCAGCGUACUUCUAUGCCCAUGCACAUAGUUCGGUGGCCGGCGGUGUUGUGAAUCUUCGUGCUUCUCAUGGAGCUGAUCCACGAACUGCAUUGCUAGAGACUUGACGAGUUUAGCAUAUUUCAGC